AUGUUCAGCCAAAAUCACCGCACUCUCUUCUUCUGUUUACCUGGCAACCCGGCCUCCUCUUUUGUCAUCGCUCAUAUUCUCCUUUUACCUGCCCUCCGCUGCCUUUACAUAGCAUCUAGCUUGACUGAAUUUGGUCAGCGAAAUCAAGGUUGCAGUGAAGAUCACUUAAAUGGUUCCAAUACGCCAGUUGUGCCCUCUUGGGUCAUUGAUAAAUCUCUGCCUCAACGACUUCACGUACGUCUCCGUGACUCGGUCGGUCCCUUAGAUCAAGAAAGACCUGAGUAUCGACGUGCUCAUCUUUUAUGGAAUCGGAUAGAGCCAGGCGGAGUCUCGAUUCCCGAGGCUAGCUGUCUUCUUCAGGGGGACCAAACAAGCUCACGCCUUCUUAGCUGCGCUCACGGGUGUGAUCUCCUUCUCGUGUUGCCGUCUGCAUCGGGCGCUACUGAAGCGGGGCCAUCGUUGAUAGAAAAAGCAGAAGUUUCAGCAGUCCCGGUUCCAGAAGCUAUGGCUGCAGUGGCUAAAUCUGUAGAUGCAACUGCCUCCGAAAGUUGCCUUUCAUUCCUCCCGAAAGGCACAGUCGUUGAAGCCAUCUUGCUUGACACUAGAUAUGGUGCCUCAAAUUCUAUGACCCACACGUGUACUUAA